UCCAUUUAUAUGCCUUCCUCGUUCCUUCCAAAUGCAAAACACAUGUAUCUGUACAAACAAACAAGUACUCCUGCAAUUCCUCUUUUUGCCCUCUCUCUCAUAAGCUUUUUAGUUUAAACUGACAGAUAGCGCCUAUAAUGGCAAAUGGGGAGAUGAAAAAUGUUGCUGCUCUGCUUUUGGUACUUAAUUUCUGCAUGUAUGUGGUAGUUUUGGGGAUUGGUGGGUGGGCUGUGAAUAGAGCAAUAGAUCAUGGAUUCAUCAUUGGUCCUGGUUUCGACCUUCCAGCGCAUUUCUCGCCCAUUUACUUCCCCAUGGGCAAUGCUGCUACCGGAUUCUUUGUUACGUUCGCGUUGAUUGCUGGUGUUGUGGGUGUUGCCUCUGUAAUCUCUGGUUUAAACCAUAUUCGGUCUUGGUCUGCUGAUAGCUUGCCAUCAGCUGCAACUGCUGCUACCAUUGCUUGGACUCUUACCGCGCUCGCUAUGGGCUUUGCAUGGAAAGAGAUUGAUCUCAAACUCAGGAAUGCUCGUCUGAGAACAAUGGAAGCAUUUUUAAUCAUACUUACAGUUACACAGCUUCUAUACCUAGCAGCAAUUCACAGUGCCGCCACCAUCCGGAGAUAAACCUGAAUUUCAGAUGAUGCGUGAUGUUUGCUUUCAAUUUGUUGUUUUUCCCUAAUUUUGUUUGCAAAUUUGCUCAUUGACUUGUACAAACCCAGGAAGGGAUUUGGAUUGUUGUUGUGAAAUUCUGUAAUUGUUGUGAGAAUUACUGAUAUUGGUUUGAAAGAAAAAUAAAGAAUGUGUGGAGUACAUAAUA